AUGCAAUUCACUGCCUUCUAUGCUCUACUUGCUGCAUUACUCUUGGCCAUCGCUGUCCAUGCCGCUCCCAUUCAAGAAAGUAAUACCCUGCAGCCUCAAGUAGGAUCCGAUAUCCGACGUCGAUCUCGUCAUGAACAUCACCAUGAAGAUGAAGGCGAGGAUGGCCCUGUGGAUGGCGUAGUUGAUGAUGCCGAAGAUGUUGUGGAUGAUGGUCCAGUCGAAGAUGUAGCCGAUGGUGUUGAUCUCGAUGACGAUCCAGUCGGAGACUUAGCCGAUGAUGCUGAAGAUGUAGUCGAUGAUGCUGAAGACGUCGUUGACGAUGAUGGCCCUGUGGAAGAUGUAGUCGAUGGUGCUGAAGAUGUCGUUGAUGAUGGCCCCAUUGAUCUCGAUUAG